CCGUAGCUUGCCGUCCCAUCAGUUGAAAAGCUUCGUUCAACGAAUUCGGUUGGGUUUUUGUACAUGGUUAGUUGGCACGUGAGUUUUAAAAUUUAAAAAAUAAAUAAUUGCAAAAAUAAAAGUUAAAAAAACGCUAUUGUUUUAAAAAUAAUCUCUAAUUCGUUUAUAUAAUGUUCGAUUAGUAAAUUUGUUGAUAAUUAAACAUAUAAAACGCACGGUUAUAAGAUAUUUUCUAAAAUUUAAUUUGCUACCAUUGAAGAAGCUUUCAGUUUUAGCCAGAAAAAGAAAAGGAAUCAUCAAUCAUCAUGUUCUCACGUCCCAAUUUAUACGGAAAUCUAACCAAAAUAUGUGCCACAGCCUCGGCGCGGUCAUCAAACAACCCAACAACAACAGCAGCUGUGGCAGCUGUUGCCAACAACACACAAGUACGCGAAUAUCAUGAAGUGGUUGGUGAUAUCUUGUGCCCCUCACAAGUAAUGGGUAUCGAUCACAUUCGGGAUCCACGUUUAAACAAAGGUUUAGCAUUUACCCUCGAAGAACGCCAAGUAUUGGGUAUACAUGGUUUACAACCCGCACGCUUUAAAACUCAGGAAGAGCAAUUGCAAUUGUGUAAAAUUGCAGUUAAUCGGUAUACUGAAUCGUUGAAUAAAUAUUUAUAUUUGAGUGAUUUGCAAGAUCGUAAUGAACGUCUAUUUUUCCGUUUUCUCUCCGAAAAUAUUGAGGAAUUAAUGCCAAUUGUAUAUACACCCACUGUGGGUUUGGCCUGCCAAAGAUUUGGUUUAAUUUAUCGUAGACCUCGUGGUCUAUUCGUGACCAUCAAUGAUCGUGGCCAUGUGUUUGAUGUCAUUAAAAAUUGGCCUGAACCUGAUGUUCGUGCUAUUUGCGUUACAGAUGGCGAACGUAUUCUAGGUUUGGGUGAUUUAGGUGCUUCCGGUAUGGGUAUUCCUGUUGGUAAAUUGGCUUUAUAUACCGCUUUGGCCGGUAUUAAGCCCCACCAAUGUUUGCCCAUUGUUAUUGAUGUUGGCACCAAUAAUAUUGAUCUUUUGGAAGAUCCCCUUUAUGUUGGUCUACGUCAAAAGCGUGUUGUGGGCCGUGAAUAUGAUGACUUUAUUGAUGAAUUCAUGGAGGCCGUAGUGAAACGUUAUGGUCAAAAUACAUUGAUACAAUUUGAAGAUUUCGGCAAUCACAAUGCAUUUAGGUUCCUCGAUAAAUAUCGUAAUACAUAUUGUACCUUCAAUGAUGAUAUUCAGGGUACGGCUUCGGUAGCGGUAGCUGGUUUAUACGCUUCGAAACGUAUUACAGGCAAAAGUUUUGCUGACUAUACCUUCCUAUUUGCUGGUGCUGGUGAAGCCGCCAUUGGUAUUGCUGAUUUGACUGUAAAAGCCAUGGUAGCUGAAGGUGUGCCAAUUGAUGUGGCCCGAAGCAAAAUCUGGAUGGUUGAUGUUAAUGGCUUAUUGACCACUACCCGCGACGAAGGUAGUUUGGAGGGUCACAAACUUAACUACGCCAAGGAUGUUGAACCUAUGAAAAAUUUGGAAGAAAUUGUUGAAAAAAUUAAACCUAAUGUAUUGAUUGGUGCCUCCGCAGCUGCCGGUAUUUUCACACCUAAAAUUUUGCAAACUAUGGCUGCUAAUAAUGAACGUCCAGUUGUGUUUGCUUUAUCUAAUCCUACCAGUAAGGCAGAAUGCACUGCUGAACAGGCCUACCAAAACACAGAUGGCCGUGUAAUCUUCUCAUCGGGUUCACCCUUCCCACCAGUGACCAUAAAUGGUAAAACAUACUCACCUGGCCAAGGCAAUAAUGCGUAUAUCUUCCCUGGUGUAGCAUUGGGCGUUAUUGCUACAGGUACCCAUCAUAUUCCUGAUGAUAUGUUCCUAAUUGCUGCCCAAGAACUUGCCAACUAUGUAGAUCAAGCUGAUUUAGAUCGUGGCUCCCUGUAUCCACCAUUGAACACAAUUCAAGAAAUUUCUAUGCGUAUUGCUAUUGGUGUAACAAAAUGUGCUUAUGACAAAGGUCUUGCCUCAACUUAUCCCGAACCUCAAGACAAACGUAAAUGGCUACAAGAUCAAUUAUACAAUUUCAACUAUGAAAGUUCAUUACCCGUGACUUGGGCGUGGCCAAGAAUGCCCUACAUUAAGACUCGCGAGGAGAGUCCUCUUUUAGCUGCAAUUAAAUAAACAAUUUUGGCUAACAUCUGCAUAGUUUUGAACUCUCUAAUACACUUUAUAUGUCACAUGUUGCGUUGCUUUAUUGUCUUACCACUACCGAUAUUUUUUAUUCUUGCCACCAACUACUAUCAACCACACUAUUUUGUCUCAAUUAAUUAUGUAUAUUUAAAGUUUGGAUGCGGGUUUUAUUAUAUAUGUAUUUCAUUAAUAUAAUUUUAUUUGUUAUUAACUUUAUUGACUAUUUAGAGUAGAUGUUCAGUAAAAAAAUAUUAAUGAAAAUAGCCAAAGAUAAUUUAACCACCAGAUAUUCAAAAUAACUCUGAAUAUUACCGAUUUAUAUCAUAUUUUUAUAUUAAUAAUUUAUUAUCAUUAUUUGUUCUACGUGCUUAUUUAUAUUUAAGACGAAUUUAUAAGUAUUUAGUAUUAUUUAACAAAAUUUCUUAUUGCUUUUAUCCUCAGUAUUUAUUUUUAAACUAAUUUUAUUAAUGUCUCCAUCCUUAAUAUUUUAUUAAGCUUAAUUUUGUUUGUUUUGUUCGUUUUUGAUUUGUCUAUCCAAAAAAUAUGUUAACAACUUAAAUUCAUAUUUCAUUUUGUAUAACAACACUUAAAACCUUUAAGGAUGAUUCUAUAAAUAUUUUUCUAUGAUUGUCCUUACUUAUGAAUUGUCCUUAAAAGCCUUGUAAUGGUAUUGUUUUUGUUAUACAAAAUGAAUGAAUCUCUAACACUUUUUCAAUUGCUUGCUUUUUUGUUAAAUUACUAUUAACUUUUCAUUUAUUACUUCUUUUCUAAAUUUUAUUUUUGAUAUUCUCUUCAAAAUUUUUACUGAUUGGGUUUUUAUUUUACUAUUCUUUUUAACUUUAUAUUUUUUUUAGAAGAUGCAAAGUAAUAACUUUUCUUUUCUAAUACUCCCUGAAUACCCUUUAUGACUUUAAAGAAAAUUUUGCCGCUAGUUGAUUCUGCCCGAAUUAACCGUCAAAAACACAGAAACAAAAAAACCUAAUGACUACGUUUAUUAAUUAUUAUCUGUCUUAGCUGAAUUGUAUUUUUAAAUUAUUUAAUUUUUAUAUAAAUAUGUAUGUAUAAUUUUACAAAAUGUUACAACAUUAGUUAUAAUCAUCAACAGUUAGAUUGUCGACAUGAAAACCCAUUGAAAUAUAAAUAUACUAAUGAAAAACAAUAAACAAAUCUACAAAAGUAAUGAAA